AUGAAAACAGGACGAUCAAAGCUUAUGUUAAAACUUGUGGAAGAAACAAGCAAAAAUUCGAAAAGUACGGGUUUUACUCAUGAAGAGCGCAUGGAUGAGGAGGACUGCAUACCAGGGACUCCAGAAUGCCAUUCGCCAUUAUCUCCAGGAGCACGCAACGUAAUAGAAGAGAUGAACGACAUUUGUGAAGAUGUCUUUUCAGAUGACGUACACGGAACAAGCGAAAUCGUAAAAUCAACAAAUGAAAAUAUGGACCCGAACAUACCAUCAUCUACUUGUGUUCUUGAAGAAGAUCCUUUUAUGGCCGUGUAUGAAAAUGCAUCCUCACCAUAUUUACUCGCGUCAGAAAAUCAGCAUGGUGUCGUGUCCCUCUUAAAUAUCACCUCAGCUCUAACUCCUUUAAAUACUUCUACCCUGAUAUCAGACCUGUCACCUUUCCCGCAACCGAUUACCCCGACUGUUGAUAACAAUGGACAAACACCUAUGCCAUCACCAGUAAAAACUCAUGGUGAGGUAUGUAAUGACUUUUUUUGUUCCACUCACGAUGGUGCAGACAUAGCAACUGUCAAUCAAACAAGCACAGCUGUGUCUUCAUACCAGUUGUCUACAGCGCCUCUUAUUCGAUGUAGAGGUAAAAAACGUGUCCGAAAUUAUGACAAUUGGGAAGAAAUUAAAAGAAAACGCUUAGCAAAUGCAGGAAAAGAAUACAUCUCCAAAAAGGGCGUUAUUGUUCAAGCAAAAACUAUAGGUAGGCCUUGCACGUGUAGAUAUAAAUGUUACACUAUGUUGACUCUCGAAGAAAGACAGGAUGCAUUUGAAAAUUUUUGGAAGUUAGGUGAUCGUGAGAAACAAUGGUUGCAUGUUGCGAAUUAUACUACAAAACAGAAGAAGAAAAGGGGCCUUCAAAGAGAUUUAAAGCAUAACCAAAUACAGCUUAUUCAAAUACAGCUUCCAGUCUUAGACAGUACAGAGACAUAG